AUGGACGGUGGUGCUUCAGGAUCGGGCAAGACGUACACGUCGAUGCUGCUCCUUCGGCAGCUGUUCGACGUGGCGGGAGGAGGCCCCGAGACGGACGCCUUCAAGCACCUCGCGGCCGCCUUCACCGUCCUGCGCUCCCUCGGCUCCGCCAAGACCAGCUCCAACACGGAGUCCAGCCGCAUCGGCCACUUCAUCGAGGUGCAGGUGACGGACGGCGCGCUCUACCGGACCAAGAUCCACUGCUACUUCCUGGACCAGACGCGGGUGGUGCGGCCGCUGCCCGACGAGAAGAACUACCACAUCUUCUACCAGAUGCUGGCGGGACUCACGCAGGAGGAGCGCGCCAAGUUACACCUCGACGGCCACAGCGUGAGGACACUCCGGUAUCUGAGCGAGGGCGACGUGAGGCAAGAUGAGGCUGAGGAUGCUCGCAGGUUCGAGUCGUGGAAGGCGUGUCUGGGCGUCCUGGGCAUCCCGUUCCUGGACGUGGUGCGGGUCCUGGCCGCCGUCCUGCUCCUGGGGAACGUCACCUUCGUCGAGGGCCAGGGGCUCGAGGUCGACAUCCAAGGGGGAAGUCACGAGCUCAAGAGUGUCUCGGCGCUGCUCGGCGUGUCGUCCGCCUCGCUCUACCGCGGCCUCACCACGCGGACGCACAACGUGAGGGGGCAGCUGGUCAAGUCCAUGUGCGACGCGAAUAUGUCCAACAUGACCCGAGACGCCCUGGCCAAGGCGCUCUACUGCCGCACCGUCGCCACCAUCGUCAGGAGAGCCAACUCCCUCAAGCGCCUCGGCUCCACUUCGGGCACGCUCUCCUCCGACAGCAACGAGAGCGUCCACCACCAGGCCGAGGUGGCGUCCCAGCACGCGUCCACCGUCGGCACCGCAGGCUCCAAGGCGUCCAAGUCCAUGAGCGUCCUCAACAACGCCGUGAAGCACGCCACGGACGGAUUCAUCGGGAUCCUGGACAUGUUUGGCUUCGAGGACCCGAAGCCGUCCCACCUGGAGCACCUGUGCAUCAACCUGUGCGCGGAGACUAUGCAGCAUUUCUACAACACGCACAUCUUCAAGUCGUCGAUCGAGUCGUGUCGAGAGGAAGGCAUAACGUGCGAGGUGGAGGUCGACUACGUUGACAACGUGCCCUGCAUCGACCUUAUUUCCUCGCUGCGCACCGGCCUGCUCAGCAUGCUCGACGUGGAGUGCUCCGUGCGGGGGACGCCGGAGAGCUACAUCCAGAAGGUGAAGGUGCAGCACAAGGGCAACCUCAGACUCUUCGAGCCCAAAGCGAACCACAUCCGGUCCUUCGGGAUCCAUCACUUCGCUAACAGAGUCAUUUACGACGCUUCGGAUUUCUUGGACACCAAUAAGGACAUCAUCAGCGACGACCUGGUGUGCGUGUUCCACAAGCAGUCAUGCAACUUCGGCUUCGCGACGCACCUGUUCGGCUCGGAGCUGAAGGCGCUGUUCUCGCAGGACCCCGUCCCCAGGGGCGUCUCCUUCAGGAUCAGCCCCACCUCUCACACGGAUCUCCAAAACGGCGACGAGCCGGUGUCGACGCUCACGCAGGACUUCCACACGCGCCUCGACAACCUCCUGCGGACGCUGGUGCACGCGAAGCCCCACUUCGUGCGCUGCCUGCGCUCCAACGCCUCCGAGAAGCCCGCCGUGUUCGACCGGGCGACCGUCAUCAAGCAGAUCCGCGCUCUGCAGGUUCUGGAGACGGUGAACCUGAUGGCGGGCGGCUACCCGCACCGCAUGCGCUUCAAGACGUUCAACAUGCGCUACCGCCUGCUGGCGCCGUUCAAGAAGCUGCGUCGCGUCGAGGACAAGACGGUGGACGACUGCAAGCUCGUGCUGGAGUACUUCGUGCGCUCGCUCGAGGACGUGAACAAGUCGUCGACCGUGGCCAUCCAGUGGGCGCUCGGCAAGAGGCACAUCUUCCUCAGCGAGGGCGCCCGGCAGCAGCUGGAGAUGCUGCGCAUCGAGACUCGGCACCGCGCCGCCACGCUGAUCCAGGCCGUGUGGCGCGGGUGGCACUUCCGGCGCCGCUGGCCCACGCUCAAGCGCAACCUGGAGCUGCGCGCGCGCUCGCGCACCGUCCGCCCGCGGCCGCAGCCCAUCGCCGGCACGCCGCCGCCCGACGUGAUGGACCGCUGCGACCAGAAGACCAUCCAGCAAACCUGCUCGCUCUUCGGCCUCGACCUGGAACGGCCGCCGCCUGUGCCGCCGAGCCGCUCGUACACGAUAACAGGAAAUCAUAAGAUGGGUUAUCGCGAAACCGCAGUACCUAGGACACCGCUGACCGUGCGAAGCCUCCACAGCCGUAAAGACCCCGUGAGAGCUAAUCGCUCAACUGCAGAAACGGCGACGUAUAUAUACCCCAGUUUACUCCUCGGCAAUUAUAGUUGGCGUCGCAGGUGCCCCGCGGACGCGGCCACCUGCGGUUCAAAGAGCAUUCAAAGGGGCAUCUGGAUUCACCGAGUGAAUUUUACCAGAAUCAACCUGAAAGCUCGACACAACCCAAAAUCCAGCCACAUAAAAAAGCCUAGAAAAAGCAUAAAAACCACUUAUCUCAAGAACCGUAAGAACAAGACAAAUUUCAAAUCGCAUCAGUUAACGACCGGUGGAAACCUCGCACGAGAAUGUCCAAGUCUCUAUCACAAGUCGCAGCGAGUGUUUGUGCGACAGUCACACUGUAGAAGAAGCACUAUAUCGAACUUAGACCUUCAGAACAAUACUAUCCGACUGGAAAACUUCUUGGUUUUCAACCUCAAGUAG